AUGGCCGGCCUGGCGCUCCUCAUCGUCCUAUGCGCCAUCAUGGCAGUCGCCUCCUUCUUUGCCGGUGCAUUGCCGCUGUCGAUGAACCUAUCGCAGUCGCAGCUGCGCCUGAUAUCGAGCAUCGGUGUCGGCGUUCUCGUCGGCACAUCGCUGAUUGUCAUUAUCCCGGAAGGCAUAGAGGCCGCCUCGACGACCCCAAUUGUCGCACACGACCACAAAACGGGCCAACUGCUUCGACGAGUCCCACGGGCUCUUGCCGUCGAAGCACGUAGCAUCUUGGCGCACGAUAUUUCGGCAGCCACUCCUGCAGCUAACGACUGGCACAAUGAGGAAGCUGACGAGGGCGACAUUGUCCGACGCGCAGCCGCACGGGCGAAUGAGGAGGAGGGCCCGACGGCACCGCCCACAGACACGCCCAGCCACACGGACCCCAGCGCAGACGAUCACGACAAGCACGCGGAUGGCGAAGCGCACUCGGACGUACCGACGCUCGAGAUUGGCCUGUCCAUGGUGCUCGGCUUCAUCCUCAUGUUCCUCAUCGACCGGCUGCCGCAGCAUGCCAGCGAUAGCCUUCAGUCAGCGCCGGCGACGCAGCACAUCAGCAUGGACAACCUCGGGGGCGACCGCGCCUCGGCGGACGAAGAGCGCGGCUUCCUCGGAAGCUUCUCCCUGCGCGAGGCGCCUAGGGUAGCGCGCAGCAUGGCCACGACGAUUGGGCUAGUGAUUCACGCGGCGGCCGACGGCAUUGCCAUGGGCGCGUCGGCCGCGACGUCAAGCAUGAAGCUCGGCUUCAUUAUCUUUGUCGCCAUCAUGAUUCACAAGGCGCCCGCGGCGUUUGGCCUCACCUCGGUGCUGCUGCGGCAGGGCCUGUCGAAGCGCGCGGCCAAGGCGCACCUGCUCGUCUUCAGCCUGGCAGCGCCGGCGGGGGCGCUGACGACGUACAUGCUUGUCUGGCUGCUGGGCGGCGGCAAGAUGGACGAGAGCACGGGGCACUGGUGGACGGGCAUGCUGCUGCUCUUUUCCGGCGGGACGUUUCUAUAUGUCGCCAUGCACGCCAUGGAGGAGAAUGGCGCGAGCCACAGCCACGACCAGGGCCCGCAGUCGAAUGGCUACAUGGAGACAAACACCAAUAUCCCAGCCAAGCCCAGCGGACCGGCGCUGCGGGACACGCUCGCAACGACGGUGGGCAUGUUGGUGCCGCUUCUGACGCAAAUCGGAGGUCAUCACCAUUGA